AUGGCUCGUACAAAGCAAACAGCCCGUAAAUCUACUGGUGGAAAAGCACCAAGAAAACAAUUGGCUACAAAAGCUGCUCGUAAAUCAGCACCAGCAACUGGUGGUGUUAAGAAACCUCAUCGUUAUCGACCUGGUACAGUUGCCCUUCGUGAAAUUCGUCGUUAUCAGAAAUCGACUGAAUUGUUGAUCCGCAAAUUACCAUUCCAACGUUUGGUUCGUGAAAUCGCACAAGAUUUUAAAACUGACUUGCGUUUCCAAUCAUCAGCUGUCAUGGCUUUACAAGAAGCAUCCGAAGCUUACCUUGUAGGAUUAUUCGAAGACACCAACUUGUGUGCUAUCCAUGCUAAGCGAGUCACCAUCAUGCCAAAAGAUAUUCAAUUGGCACGUCGUAUUCGUGGUGAACGCGCUUAA